UUGGAUACGCCUGUGUGGAAUUCAACACGCCCCAACAGUCCUUUAUAGUGUUAAUAGUUAAUACGAUGCAUGGAAUAAUCUAAUACGUUUUGUGUAUAGAAUGUCAACAGGACCAGUAUUGUUGUCCAAGAGCAUCAGAUUUUAAGAGACAAAUACAGUUAUAUUUCAAGGACAUUUCUUACUGUCUUUCACAUGCACAUAUGUAGUAUUUAGCCAUUUAGGCACACUCGCUAAAUAGAAAAAAAUUAAGUCACGUUGAUAACAUGACGACGAGUAUAACAAUAAUGGUACUAUGCAUUCUUGGGUCGACAUUGUUGUUAAUAAUGCCGGAUAACACCACAGCAUCAGAUAAGUUCUUUCAGACCGGUGGCCGCUUUGGUAAAAGACAUGGUGAUCAUAUACCAGAUAUUCGGUAUGCUACCAUGGUAAAAACACGAUCAGUGGACAAUGUACCACCUAGGAUAGAAAGAGGUUUUUACAUAUCAAGGUAUGGUAAACGAAGUACUAACUCAAUUACAGAUCCUUACUAUUUUACACUUUGUUUGCCAUCCUAUGGUAUAUAUUGUGAUUUUACAGGAUUACCUAAUUUACUUCGUUGCAAAAGGAUCCAACCUACAGCAUGCUCGAAUCUGAAUUAUGUCGAUGAUAAAACUCAGAUGAAGCCCGACAACGACAUAAUCAUUUAAAAUUGUUAGUCAUUUUCCUCAAUAGCCUAGAUUAAAAUAUAUACAUUUAAUAAUUGAUCUGAAUAUUAUUAUGACUAGAAUUUUAAGCAAUUAUAAUAAAAUUAUUUUGUGAAUUAAUAACAUUUCAUUUUACUAAAAUAUUUUAUGUUGUAUUCAUUUUUUUAGCGAGCCCUAUUGGUCUUAUAAUUGAAAACAUCAUAAAUACAUAGAUAAGGAUUAGAACUUAUAAAUAGUAAAAAGUAUCUCUUAUAAUAGUAUUAAAAAUUUAAAAAUAUUAAUAAUUAUAAAUUAUUGUGUAUUCAAACAUUUAACAGACAUUGAUGAUUUGAAGUAUAAUAUUAGUGACGUGGAGUACUGGAGUGGACAAUUCAAAUUAUUUCUAAUAAUAUUAAUUUUCAUAAAAAGUUAUUGUCAAAAAGAUUGUUGAAUUUAACAAUUACAAUCUGGAUAGGAUUUAAUAUAAUUACACUUUAUAUUGUUGAAGUAGAUAUUCAAAAUAGCAUUUUAUUUUGUAAAUAUAAUACAAACAAUUAAAAUAUACUUUUUUUUUAACUCAAACAAAGUCAAUAACCUGACAUUGUCAUAGGAUCAGAAUAGUGGCAUAUAUCUUAAAUAUAUAUGUAAUCUGUAAUUUUUAUUUAUUUUUAAAAGUAAUUAAAAUACCUAAAUUAUAUUUUUUAAGUACCUA